UGGUUCGAGAGAGCUCACAAGCGGAGGACACGCCCUGCCCCCGUCCAACUCUCCCUUUUUCCGAACCUGCGCUCGCCUGCUGCGUGUAGUACCUAUGACUACUACGAGCGCCACCGGCGGCGACGCAUGGUACGACAACAUCUCGGUAUACUCUUCCGACUACGAGCCGGCGACCUUCACCCCCGGGGCGUCCGUGGAGGCAAACCAUGACCUCCUCGACGGGCUUCGGGAGAACGACUUCGACGUCGAGGACGCCCAGUACAGUGCUGGGCUGGCGACGCUCAUCAUAGUAUUUCUCGUGGCCGGUCUGCUCGCGUGCUGCCUGAUCCCCUGCCUGUACAAGUGCCUGGGGACGUCAAGACAGGAACGCCUGCGAGAGAGGAUGCAGUUCGGCAAGCAGACCCACUACGGGGGAAACAUUUUCAUGGUGUUGGCUAGCGUGGCGGCCAUCGCGUCGGCUGCCGGGGCUAUCUGGGGCCUGGAGAGGGCGGAUUCCGGGCUGACGAACAUCGAGGACUCGACGCAGAACAUGGCCACAGACAUGCUCACGAUUCUCAACCUUGCCGACGACACCUCCGUGGCUCUGGACGAAGUGACGGCGUCGUACGAAGCACUGCAGGAGAGCGUGGACGGCUGCGACAACGGGGCCAUCCUCUCCAGCUUGCUCGACGCGUUCGACAUCAACUCCUUGACGGCGAGCGUGCAGGCGGAGAUCGAUGGCGUCAGCGAGGACAACUUCGGGGAGCUCGCGGACGACGUGCAAGCAAUAUCGGACGCGGUCAGCGAUACAGAGGGGGCGCGGAAGGGGCUGUUGUGGCCGGUAUUGAUCCUGUCGCUCGUAUUCACAGCGUUCUUCGUCGCCAUCAGCGUUAGCACCUACCAGUGCGUCGCCUUCGGCCACAGGGACUGCGCCCCCGCGUCCUGCUGCAUCAACCCGUGCACCAUCUUCGUGGCCGUGGUCAUCUGGAUUUGCGCCGCGUUGGCGGUGUCGUUGAGCGCCUUGACGGGGGACUUUUGCAUCGACCCUGACACCAACGCCAACGACCUCAUCACCGACAACACGGACGGGGAGAUCGCCGACCUCAUCACCUACUACACCGGCGACUGCACCAGCGAGAACGCGGCCGUGGACGCGAUCAUCGCCGCCCAGGAGGUGGCCGUGCCGAUCAUCCAGUCGGUCGUCCCCACUCUCUACCAGCUUGAGGAGGCGUGCAGCGACCUCGCGGAGCCGGUCCAGACGCUGGACAACUCGCUGGAGAGCUUCUGGACGAUUUUGGAGGACGCCGGCGAGCUCUCGUCGUGCGAGAACCUCAACGGCCUCUACCAGGCCGCUGUCUACGAUGAGCUGUGCAAGGACCUACCGGAGGGGCUGCUCGGUUUCUGGGUGUCGUGCGCGUUCCUGACGGUCCUGCUUUUGAUCCUGGUGAUCCAGUGGGGCAGAAUGCUCCGGCAACAGACUACGGAAGAAGACGCCUCCACGGCGGAAGCCAUGAACAGGCAGAGGGCCGGCUGGCUGAACGGGUCCAGGCGGUUCUCCAGUAUAGCCCUUGAGGCGCUGAAAAAUCGUUUGAAGAGCCCUUGCGGCAGCUGAAAAGCGAAUGUAAAGUUGCGGGGGGGGUUGUGUAUGUAUGAUAUAUGUCCGUCUUAUUCCUCGUUUGCAUUUGUGCCAUGUAAAGUGCUUCAAGCGCGACACCAUUUUUUUUGUUGUUGCCGGAUUGCUCUAGCCGGUGGUACCUGCAAUUUGGGUGGGUUGGCUCCUGUCGCGAAGCUUCUUCGACCAUGUGGCGCAACGUUCCCUCGGGAGGUCGAGAACAAAAGCCCCCCGUGUCUUGCGCGUAUUCGGCAAGCGGCGGAGGCCAGUGUGCCACACGCGCUUGCCAUAGAUUCAUUAUAUUUCGUUGGGGAUGGAGAUUUGUGUGGUUCCGUGGUUGGAAAUCAGCGUCGGCGGUGCGCGGCUGGUUUUUGGCGGCACCUCCCGGUCCUUAGGAGUGUAUCUUUAUGUGUUUUGCGUGUCGAAGUAAUCCUGUCCAGCCCCCUUCGUGUUGGACAAAUUCGGGUUUACUUAAUGUUUUCCCUCAGACCAGGCCUUUUUUCUCCAAUGCUUAAGAGAACAGUGUCAUCUUGUUGACUUCGAAAUAGUACAAAAGAGCCAAUGGGCCAUGUACUGUAGGCCUUCCGUGCUUUCCACAGUGGGCAUUAUGUGGGAUGGAGAACGGGUACAGUAGUACAUUGAAGUAGGACGUGGAGUAGUUUUGGUGGCCCUUGUGAUGGAGAGAAGUUUGGCCUGGGGUCGCUUGGGCCUACAGUGGGUGGGUAUAGCCAAACGUGUGGAUUGAUUCUCCAGACU